AUGAUGACGCGUCUGAAUCAACUUGGUGUUCCUCUGGUCGUGUUCUCUGCUGGUAUUGGAAAUAUCAUCGAGAUGUAUUUGGAGCAACGAUUGGGCCAAAUUCCAUCAAACAUACACAUAAUAUCAAAUAUGAUGAAUUUCGAUGACAAAAAUUCGUCCGUCAUCCGCAAGGAAGCCGGCUUUUUCCAUGACGUCAGUGGGAGGACCAAUGUCCUCCUACUUGGCGACAGCAUGGGCGACAUACAUAUGGAUGUUGGUGUGGAAAAAGAUGGUCCAACGUUAAAACUCGGUUUUCUCAACUCGGAUGUACAAAACCUUCUUGAUCACUACAUGGACGUGUACGAUGUAGUACUGGUACAGGACCAAUCGAUGAAAGUGCCGGACACUAUUGUGCAGGCAAUUGCAGCCGGUUACCUGAAGCAUCGAUGA